AUGGUCGGUAGGCAAAAAGAAUAUUAUAACUUAUUGCGGGCUCUCUAUGAGGUCACAAGCUCCGGCCAGAAUAUCUUUUAUAUAUAUUUGAAAAUUGCGGUGUAUAUCACCUACAUUGCUUGUUUGCAGGAUUUGGGAAUGGCAAGAUGGUUGAUUCUGACUAUCAUCGGCCCAGAAUCAAUAAGAGUAAUAUGGCUAUUUGUUUUGAUUGCUGGAAAUUGGUAACAUUGGGAUAAUGAAUGCUCCAAAGUUAAAACUCCAGAUAGAAGUGCUCGGAUUAUCCAAAGAGCUUAUAGGAACUAUAAGAAGCAACCUGAAACUUUUGCAAAACGAGUUUGGGAGGCGGUUAGAAAUGAUAAUACUCUUAAGGAAAAGAAGUUUCUUAAUAUGCCUAG